GAGGCUCGUGAGCCCCGUUCAACCGCCGCGUCGGAGGCACAGCCGGGGAGAGAAGAUGAUAGACAAGUAUCUGUCUGUAAUGUACUUCACCGAAGGAGAGUAGUGCGGGGAGCGGGAACUUACAGUCCAGGGAUUCUGCAUGUGGGUCCAUCUACCCAUCACAGGCCUGAGGAGCAGACUAUAUGUCACCGUGAACCCAGGACCUCUGUUAGUCCACUCCCUGUACACCCCACCCCCGAGGGAUGCAGUCCUCCGGUCAUCGGUUGCAUGAUGUGGAACAGCACCGCCCCCUGCUGGAGCGAGAGGAGGGGCUGGCACACGGGCCUCCCCUGAGGGGCACUGACCGUGUUUGGUUCAUCCAGGAUGGCUGUGGCAUGAUCUGCGCAGUCAUGACAUGGUUUCUGGUGCUUUAUGCGGACUUUGUGGUCACCUUCGUCAUGUUGCUGCCAUCCAAAAACUUCUGGUAUGCCCUAAUCAACGGGGUGACCUUCAACUCCCUGGCUGUAUUGGCGCUAGCAUCACAUCUACGUACCAUGCUGACAGACCCGGGAGCUGUGCCCAAAGGCAAUGCCACCAAGGAGUACAUGGAAAGCUUGCAGCUGAAGCCUGGGGAGGUUAUCUACAAGUGUCCAAAGUGCUGCAGCAUCAAGCCAGAAAGAGCCCACCACUGCAGCAUUUGCAAGAGAUGCAUCCGCAAGAUGGACCACCACUGCCCCUGGGUGAACAACUGUGUGGGAGAAAACAACCAGAGGUUCUUUGUGCUCUUCACAAUGUAUAUAGCCCUGAUUUCCAUUUAUGCCCUCUGCCUGAGCGGAUUGCAGUUCUUUACCUGUGUCAAGGUCCAGUGGAACGAGUGCAGUGACUUUUCCCCACCGGUCGCUGUCAUGCUGAUGAUCUUCCUGUGCCUGGAGGGGCUGCUGUUCCUCACUUUCACUGCUGUCAUGUUUGGAACCCAGAUCCACUCCAUCUGUAAUGAUGAAACGGAGAUCGAGCGGCUAAAGAACGAGAAGCCCACAUGGGAGAGGCGUAUGCGUUGGGACGGCAUGAGAGCUGUGUUUGGGGGCCAGCCCUCGCUGUUGUGGAUCAACCCCUUCGCUGGGCUCCGCCCCCGUGGCCUGCUGACACUGCGUUCGCGCCGAGGGGGCGCUGAGUUUUCAGUUUGAGAACGCCACCCCCCAGCAGCCAGGUGUAGGUGUACGUAUACACAUGCAUGUGUCUGCACAAACACUCACAUAUGGUUUUCUGUUUUGUGGGAACCUUUGUGCUGUGUACUUUUUUUGGGGAAUAUUUACACAUUGACAGGAGGCAAUACAGGAAAGACACACACCUGAACCUGUUAUGCACUACACAGGAGUGUUUUUUUUUUUUAUACAUUGCCUGAGCUGCUGUGGAUCUCUGACACCUACCAGUGCUUUGAGGAGGGACUCCUAGGCCAUGGAAAAGGAUCUCUUCUUUCAAUGACGUUGUUGGAAAUGUGUGGCCGAGUUGAGAAAGGCUCAAGCCUUGCAGGGGCACCAUGACUCUUCAUGGCCUUGCUAGGGCUCUCCAGUCAUUGAACCACUAAACACAUACGUAAAGGAAACUGUGUUUUUGGGUGCUGCAUUGCUUUUAUCUGAACUGUAUUUCAUUUAUCUGUUGUUGCUGGAAAAUUUUUUCAAAUGGCAAAGUCAUGUACUUAAAAAAUGUUUAUGAAUUUUUGUUCUAAACUAAAGUAUAUAUGCAGUGUACCUUUACAGUGGUGACCUGUUGGUGGAAAAAUGUCAUAUUAGGAAAAAUACCCAUGACUGUGUACAAAAUGUGACCUGCUAUGGUAGAGGAGACAAACCUUUGUCCUGAGAAGAAAUUUGGAAUAAUAAUCUUAUUUACACCAAAAACACCAAUUAUUAGCAGUGUACAAUUUGCAGGGACAAGGGCCGGUCACCCCUGUUCUGUGCUGUCCCUGGUAAAUGAAUUUCGGGCAAAAACUGAAGCUUCUGUCACCAUGGCUAGUAUGUGUUGGGAGAGGUUCAAAAUGAAGUUCUCAAUAAGAUGCUCCCAAAAACCAUGCUCCGUCCAGAGAAGCUGUUCCAGCUUCCAAUAAAAGGAUCACUCUGGUGCUCUUUGGGAGGGAGAAAUUUGUUAGCCAGUAUCCUCUUUUUCCUUUAGUGCUGUUGUAUUGGAUUACUAAAGCCAGCAGUGCCAGCUAGUUUUGACAGAUGGGGAGGGACUUGAAGGAGGUUUUCUUAAGGAGCCCGCCAUCUGCAUAACCAUGAAAGAGGAGCAACAUCUAUUGCUAUGUGUGGCUUUUUCAACCAAAGCAUUGCUGGGAUCAUCGUCCCUCCCUUUGUUGAAGCUGUUGUGGUUGCCAUCGUUGACCUUCCUGUGUCUGUGUUAUGGUUUCUUAAUUUCUCCUGAUGUGGAGCUUUGCUGUCUUGACUUGUGCACAAGACUGACAAAGACCAGUACUGCAGGCCAGUGUACAAAUACUCAAGAAACAGUUACAUUGAUAUUUGUUUGGAAAUACCAAUCGGCAAUGCCAAAUGUUGUAUUUAAUGUAGUGUAAAAACAAAAAAAUCCUUAUUUAAUCCAUGAUAUAACCUUUAGCAGAAAAGUAGAAUUAAGUUCCACUUUUCUUAGAGUGGCAUUAACAUUGUGGUGGGCAGGGGGUGAAAACUAAAGCAAAAAUUUGUUGGCAGUAGCAGUUUUUCGGGUUGGUCGGUGAUCUUUGGAUUUCUUAGAACAGACCUGAAGCAGAAAACCGUUAACUAUUACAGCGAAUGAAUCGACACGGCCUCGUAUAACUCUGUUUAUACCUCUGCAACGAAGGGUAAAGUAAUUUCUGCACUGGCGUACUGUCCAACCUGAGCAGUGCUGUGUGCUCAGUUGCCAUGGCUCCAGGACACUUGAAGCCCUAAACAGUAUCUGAGAGGCAGUGUUUGCUAGCAGGUCAGGGCAACCUGCAAGAGCAUAGCCACACAGGUCACAUCAUUAAGUAACAACCACAGUGAAACUUGGAAAACCUGGAGAUUGCUUGUCUUCAGCAUGUCAGAUUGAUCCCUUUAAUCUGUUCAGUUUCCUCACAGGCAGGAAAGUUGGUUUGCCUCAUUACUGCCUGUUGUUCUUUGUCAGUUUUUUGGUGUCUUGCAGAACCCGGGAGGGAGUGAUGCUCUUGAGUAGAGCUAAAAUGACUCAGAAGCCAUGACUCUGGUUUUCCAGUCUUUUUAUGGUCCCCCCCCCCCCACCCCGGCCGGAGCUGCCUACCGCAUUCACUUCCCAGCAGUUAGUGAGAGAUGCAGUCAGAACUGUCACCAGUGUUUUUAUGCAUGAACAGAGAAACAUGUUGUGUGUUUAAGGUGCCACAACUGAAUGAGGCAUUCUUAUCUGAACUAAAGUCCCAGUCAAAAGUUUGAGUACACCCAGGAAACUCUUUGCAUGGGAAGAAUGGCACAAAAGCAGGAAAAGAAAGCAAGUGCCCUUCAUUUCGGGGAAGAGCUGCGCAGGCACGUCUGCUCAUUUCCUGCUGAAAACUUGUUACCCAAAUGCCACGUGGACAAAAACAUACUCAAACUUUUGAAGGGUGCUGUGCUUUGAGACUAGUGGUCUGGGUAUUCACUCAUUCACACAAACCAAACAAAACUCCUGUCAAGCAGGGCCAAACCUGGGCGCAUCCCUAUGAUGCGAAUUUAUAACACGUCACAAGCUCUUUAACUUGAAAGUGUACACUUUACUCCAGAUGAUCACAUUUGUGUAAAAUAUUGAUCAUGUUUUUAUUUAUUUUUUAAGAAAAUUGUAACCCAAAAAUGAUAUUUCUAAUGUGUAGUUCUUUUACAGAAUAAACUUUAAAAGUGGGUUUAAAA